CAAGUCUAUACGGUUCACGAAUAAUGCUCCUAAAUGUUCUUUCAUUUCAUGAAAAAUGUUCUUGCACUGAAACAGAAGGAGUCCCAACUUGGGAUAUUCGACUCUAGCAUGCUGAUUUUACUCCUUAUUUUCAUUCCUUUAGCGGAAUCUACUACCUGCUGCAACAAAAAAGAAAUUGUUGGGGACUCUCCAGAAAGUGGAGUGUACUGGCUAGUAUCCUCCAAUGAGACUAGAUGUGAGGAUGGCUGUUCCUACUCUAAAGAUAACAUCACUAAUAUAUUCUAUUGCUUCAGUGAUGUAACCUAUGUAGCUGGAGGAGCUGGAGUAGAAUAUGUUCUUCCUCCAGGUUUCGAUGGUACAGUACAUGUAGUUGAUUGUAGUUCAGUUGUACGAACAGCUGAUGACUAUUGGGCAAUACAACAAAUAAUCAUACCUGAAACCAUCACUCAAGGAGGAACUUGGGGGCCACGACAGUUCUGUGCUUCAGGGAGCUUUGCCACUGGUUUUGUUCUCCGAUAUGCUCCACUAUGCGCAAGCAGAUGUAAUUUUGAUGAUGACACGGCUCUCAUGGGAAUUUGGUUGAACUGUGGACCAUACAAUGACACCAGUAUAGAAUCUGGUGUUAUAUCAUCAUCUGUUCUACCAGACUACAGAAGAAUAGGUGGUGGAAGCUCUAAAGGGUUUGUAUCAACUGCUAGACUAAACUGCCCAGCCAACUCAUUCAUUACACAGUCACAGUUCCUCUCAGAGUACUAUGCAGGAGAGGAUACAAGUGGUGGGAUCUCUUGUCCUCCUGGUAUUAUCUGCACAAGCUUUUCAUCAACAUUCGAUCCAAUAGGAGGUAAGUCAGGACGCUUCUCGUCCUAUAGAAGAGGUAAUUCAGGACACUUCUUGUCCUAUAGAUUAGAGGAGGUAAUUCAGGACACAUUUUGUCCUAUAGAAGAGGUAAUUCAGGACACGGUUUGUCCUUUAGAGGAGGCAAUUCAGAACACUUCUUGUCCUAUAGAGUAG